AUGGCAGCACUUCAUGGUAUCUGUAUACUUCUGAUGGUGGGAGGAAGAGUAUUACCAAAAACGACACCCGACAUCAACGAUAAAGUAGCUACGGGACUGCUGUCUGCUAAAUUACGUGCUGAGCGGAUAUAUUCGAAGGUGUGGGGUAGGCAAGGGGUUCUGGGGGUGAAUGGAGGACACUUUCACGCCAUCUUAGUUACUCGUGAACUCGUGGAGACAGCUCUUCAAACACAACAAGCUUACAGGAUGAGCUGGUAUCUUCCACGUUGGCUGCUGAAUCGAUUUUAUCUGUGCUUGUUGGUACUCAACUGCUGGUCUUCUGUCUUUAUAUACUCUCUAUUAUUCAAGAAAAACGAGGCUCGCAGACGGUUUGCUUGUCUAUUGUGCGACUGUAUCCUUGAUCUCGUAGAUGGUAUAGCGAGUCGUGGGCUGCUCGCAUUCUGA